CAUCUGUGAGUGCUGUCAGUGUGAUGACGUAUUUCCGUUUUGGUGGUUCAUUUCCGGGUCAAAGGUCCUCAACGUGGUCCCUGAUGUUUUCCAGCGUGAGGAGUUUAUAGCAAAGAAAGUUUAGUGAUCGUGGAGGAAAAACAGCAGUGAAAAUGGGUGAGUUCAAGGUGCACCGUGUUCGGUUCUUCGACUACAUGCCCAGUGCUAUCAGAGCCAUGGCGUUUAACAGCCGCACUGAACGGCUGGCUCUUGCUCGGGCUGAUGGAGCUCUGGAGAUCUUCAACUUCGCUGACCACUACUUCCAAGAAAAGGUCAUCCCAGGACAGGACGGUAGGGCUGUUGAGGCUCUGUGUUGGGUGGGCCAGCGUUUGUUCAGUGCUGGUUUGAAUGGAUUGAUCACAGAGUAUGACCUGGAGAACCUGAGGCCCAGGUACACUGUGGAGGCCUAUGGAGGACCAAUCUGGACCAUCAGUUGCAACAGCCAGGGAACACUGCUAACAGUCGGUUGUGAGGAUGGAACAGUGAAGAUGUUUGAAAUACUGGAGGGGAGGAUUCAGUUUCAAAGAAACCUUGAUAGACAGAAAGGUCGUAUUAUAUCUCUGUCCUGGCACCCCUCUGGUAAACUGAUUGCUGCUGGUAUGAUGGACAUGAUCAGAAUCUUUGAUGCUGAGACAGGCCACGCCACACACAGACUGCUGGUAGAGAGAGGUGUCGGAGCGUCCAAGAACAAAGAGGUGGUGGUUUGGAGCAUCGCCUUCCUGUCUGACCGGACCAUCAUUAGCGGUGAUUCUGCAGGAAAGGUCCAGAUCUGGGACGGACUCACAGGAACUCUGGUCAGAACUCACCUGGUCACCAAGUGGGACGUUCUGGCUCUGUCUGUUUCACAGGAUGAGAGCAGUCUAGUAGCUGGGACGUCAGAGGGCACUGUCGUCCAGUUUCAGUUCAUCGCCUCCUCUGUGGACCAGCAGGAGAAGGAGUGGGUCAGAACGAGGACCUUUAAAAACCACUCACAUGAUGUGAGGGUGCUUGCCCACACCGAGACUGCUGUGGUUUCUGGAGGUAUGGACACCCAGCUGGUAGUGCGACCCCUGCUGGACAAAGUGGAGAAGAACACCAAGGAGUCAGCACUGCACAAAAUAGCUUUCCCACAUAGAAGCCUGGUUUGUUGUGCAAAGAAAGCAGGACUGCUGCUCUUCCAGUUCCCUGAUCAUUUAGAGCUGUGGAGAGUAGGGGAGAGCGAUGGACAUGGAAAGCCUGGUGACAGUCUACGUGUGAAGAGAAAACCAGAGAAACUGAUCCAGCUUAAGAGGAAGGGAGAUGAUCAUAUCUGCUGCAGUGCUUUGUCUCCAUGUGGAGGCUGGCUGGCAUACUCUACUGUCUCCCGUGUCCGUCUCUACAGAUUACAGUACAACAACAUCAGCAUCACCAAGGUGUCCAAACUGCCUAAGGACUUUAGCUCGGCCCACCAGCUGUGCUUCUCCUCUGACUCCUCCAAACUCUUUGCUUCCUCCAGCCAUUCUUCAGUCAUUGUUGUUGCCCUCAACCAGCUGGAGUGCAAAUACCUUCAUACUCUCAAACCCAAGUCGGGCUCCAGACAGCCAGUCCACCUGCUGUUUGCCAGUGAGGAUGGCAAUUGGCUCGCUACAGCAAACACAGACUGUGAGAUCCAUGUCUACAACCUUCACAAGCUAAAGCUUCAUUGUACAGUUCCAGUGUACGGCUCCUGUCCCACUGCCAUAGGCAUCAACCCAACAACCAGCAACCUUGUCGUGGUGCAUGCUGACCAGCAGAUCCUGGAGUACUCUCUAGUACAGAAGGAGUACACAGAGUGGAGUCGGACGCUGCAGAAACAAGGACUGCACUCUCUGUGGUUGGAGAGGGACACACCUGUCACCCACAUCAUUUUCAGUCCUAAAAACCCAGCUCACAUAAUUCUGCACGACAUGUUCAUGUUCUGCAUCAUUGACCAGAGUCUGCCCCUCCCUGAAGCAAAGGCUCUGCUCUACAAUCAGAUGACCCUGAGGAGUCUUCCUGAGCCAGAGAGGAUCAGACACAGCCAUGCUUUUAAGAUAUGCAAGAAUUUCCAGCACCUCAUGUGUGUGAGUUUACUGGAGGACCAUUCUCUGGUUGUAGUGGAGCGCCCCCUGCUGGACAUCAUGUCUCAGCUGCCUGCACCUGUCCGGCAGAAGAAGUUUGCCACAUAAAUGAACUGAAGCAGGUUUCCUCAGCCCAGAUGUUCAUAUCAGAGGAAAGGAUUGUUACCUUGUUGUGUUAAUUCACUGUAACUCCCACAUCUAAAAUCAUUUUCAACAAGUGUUAAUGUGUGACCAUUUUGUAAAAAGUACUUUGAUAAAGUAAUACAUAAAACUGUUAACUGUCA